AUUCCCAUUGAGAAGUACACUCGGGAUUACCGUGAUCCCGUGAACAAAAGAAAAGUCCUAAUAAAAAGAAACAGUCGUGCAAAAAAGUAGUCUACGGAUGUUUGCAUAAGUUGCGCCACUUGCGACCGGUGCAAACCGCGAUACCAGUUCAGACCAGUGACCAAAACGCAAAGGCUUCGUACAGAUUGUCCAGUGUGCAUCGAUACGUUGUCGGUUCGUCGUUAUAGUUGGCGAAAUUUAAAGACAAACAACGGAUCGCUUAAACGUUUCAAUUUAACGAUCAAAAUGAUAAAUCUGUGAUUCAACGUACGAUUAGAAUAUAAUGGACGAAACGAAGAUGAUCCAAAGAAAUGGCCAGACCGAUGGAAAGGGCCAAAAAUCGGUGAAAAAAGAGAAAUCGUUGUUUUGGACUUACGUACUGUGGCUAUUCGGAGGCCUAGUUGGCGCACACCACGUGUACUUGGAACGGGAUGCACAGGCAUUCGUAUACUUCAGCACUUUCGGUGGAUACGUGGGCAUUGGAUGGCUCCGAGAUAUCUAUAGGAUUCCUUCGUACGUGGCAGACGCGAACAAUGAUCCUCGUUUCCUCGAUGACUUCAAACAGACAGUUCGGACCAAUCGCAAGCCCCCGUUUUCGACAGCGCGAUUCGCUGCCGAAACCGCAGUCGCAUAUUUAUGGGCUGAAUUAUACCGUAGCGCUAUUCCGGAGGACGAGGUCUUCGGCAUUAAUUUUCGACACCUCUUAAUCCUCACGCCUUUCGUCAUCGCUUUAGGUGUGUGGACAGUUGGAAAUAUCGGUAGAGAGCAGGGAUCCAUAUGGGUCGCUCUUGGGUCUGCGUACUUGCUUUAUCCAACUCUACCCUACAUCGGCGAUGACACCAUGUGGAUAUUCCUGAUGGUCGUAGUGUCCAGUUUGAGCUUCGAUACGUUCAGCAAGCAAUGGAGAUUGAAACCAAGAAAGAGGAACAGCCUCGUUCGGAGAGCAAUUUAUUUAGGUUUAGCUGUCGCGUUGUAUCUGUCUUUAAUUGGUUGCUAUCUGUACUUCAACGCAGUUAUUACCGACAGCGAGGGCGAAGAGAUCAAACUGUCCGAAGCUAUUCAGCAUUUCCUGACGUCGCCUAUAUGGCUCGACCUUAAGGCUAGCCUCGAGGCAACCUGGAACCAAGCGAUGCAUCAAGGUUUCUGGGCAACGUGGGCCCAAUUGGUCGAUCUCACCGAUCCCCGGGGUGAAAUAAACGCUUACAAAGUUUUAGACCUCUCUCAAACAGCCACGCAAACCGAAAUAACAUCGCGUUGGAGGGCUCUUUCGAGGGAUAACCAUCCCGACAAGAUAAAAGGCACCGAAGAGGAGAGGCGACGGGCUCAGGAGAAAUUCAUGGAGAUUCAGCAGGCGUAUGAAAUUCUUUCAAAGGCGAAGAAUCGUAGACAACGCCGCAACAGAAAGUCGGAAUGACCUGGUGACGAUAGUGUCCUCGUAAAGGUUUAUUAUAAAGAUGUAUUUUUUAAUCGAUCGGAGAUAUAGACGGGGGCUCGGAGUCGAAGCGUUCUUUUAUCGAUCUCAUUCUACCUCGUUGUAUCUCGUUCUAACAGUACGCACUUUCGUUGGUCGCACUGCCGAUUCGUGGAAAUUGGUAUUGCGUUUGUAAGCAACGAACAUAAACGUUUAUACGUGUUUGUAAAUUUGUUUGUGUAAAUAGAUAAACAGUGUGAACAUACUCCUUAAAAUUGUCGUUAACGUAAAAGUGGUCGAUGAGUGUCCUAAUGAAGAUAAAAAUUUGUAAUAUCAAGACGUUUAUUUAAAAGUU